AUGGCCCCUUCAAAGAAGAGAUCCAGAAAGGGAUCCUCCAAAAGCCCUAAGAAAACACGAAAGGGAAUGGCCCAGACGGCAGAACCAUCUGGCUUCAACGAUGAGGAUUACAAUAUACGCUCAUCGGAGCGCACCGAGCUCUUGACCCAAAUUAAGGAGGUAUUUGACGGCGCUCCCGUCUCCUCUACCUUCUGGGCUUGCUGUCAACUCGCCGAUAUAAACCGCUUACGAGUCAUCGCCGAAACGGAUCGGGAAAUCGUUAUUCACUUCGAGCGUUCAACAUACUUUAUACCCCUGCAAUGGACUCAAAAAUUACGAGAUUCGAAUUUCGGAGAACCAGAGGCAGCCUCAGAACGGCCAAAGGAGCCAAAGAGUCCCAAACUGAAUUCUGGUACAAAAUCAUCGGUGUCGCGGUCGGCGAAAGAGGUGAAUAACUGCAAAGAGCGUGAUGAUCACCGAUGCGUUUUGACGAGAAAGCCAGAUCCCCAGGCUGCCCAUACAUUCCCCUAUUGCAUGCUUAAUCCACGCUCGACAGCUGAUCGAAACAAAACAUCCAACGGGAUCCCCGAAUUUUGGCAAUCUUUACGACUCUUCUGGGACCGGGACCGGAUCGAUAAAUGGAAAAGCACAAUCUUUCAAGAUCCCCAAAAUCCUUAUACCGGUAUUGAUAAAUGCUUCAAUCUCCUCUCUCUCUCGUCCGAAACACAUAAUAUGUGGAAUAAGGGGAUAUUUGCACUUAAGCCGCUGCAACUAUCAAGUGAUCGUAAGACUUUGACUGUUCAGCUCUUUUGGCAAGUUCCGACCAAGUACGAGAUUGACAGUCGAAUUGAUUUACUUACGGAACCCAAAUCAACCAAAGACUUGGAUUUUGUCGAGGGAUAUUUCUUACCUCGUAUUCACGAUGAUGGCUUAACUCGUCAUGAUAUUCGUUCUGGAGAGGUGUUCACUUUCACAACAAAGGACCCGGAAAGAUUACCGUUGCCUAGUGUGGAACUCUUAGAGAUGCAAUGGUUUCUCCAACGUCUCGUGGGGAUGUCUGGUGCUGCUAGAUGGCCAAUCCUGGACUUUGACAACGAUGAAAGUGAUGAUGACAAUGGUUGGUUUGUUCCGGACCUUACUUCCGAUGUGGACAAUUCCUUGGAAAGAGUCUGUGAAUGGGUUGCUACCAGAGAGGCUGCAGGUAUCACGCCGGAAACCACAACACCAAAUCCUUCUAUUGUCCCAUGUUAUUGA